AUGCCAGGAGAUUAAUGCUCUGAGCGUCCACUUUUUGGGGGUGCCAUAUCAAGUGCUUUUCCCAUGAGGUUCCAGGAUCUCAGCAGCAUUCGUGAUGUUCCCGAUCACCAGGAGGUCUUUGCUGACUCGAGCCGGAAUGAAAGCCUUUUCUUUGAGCUGUUGGAUCUAAAGAAUGAUGUCAGUGAUAGUGAAAGUGCUAUAUGGUUUCUCCAAGAUCUUGCAAAUGAGCAAGAUGCAAAAGGAAGUUUGGUGAUUGAGCAGUCUGGCGGUCUUCAACCAGAAGAUUUAAUGUUUAAGGACUUGCCUGCAGUGAUUACAACAGUAGUCGGCCACAUGGCAGUUUCUAAAGGAAGACAAGGGAGGGAAGCGCAGAAUGUAGUCCGAGUAUAUCUAGCAAAUUUGCGUCUUAAGGCUGUUGGUACAGAUGUGCUGAUAAUUGCAUAUGAACCGAUACUAAUAAGUGCCUUUAGUGAAACUGCAUUGACUGUAGGAGCUGGUUUGGCGGUCCCUGCUGCACAAUCUGAACUUCUUCCAGUUUCAGAGGUGUUCAAAUUUGCAAUGGUAAGCUUCAAAGUUGAUGAUUGGAACCUCUUUGGAGUUGUGGAUCAUACUCCAUGAGCAGGUUGAGGCCUUACCAGCGAAGGUAUAUUCUCUC